GAAAAGCAAAAACCAGAUAUGAGUUGGCAAAAACAACCAAGUGAUGUAAGAUGAGUUACUAUUAAAGAAAUCGCUCUGUCUGCCAUCUUUACACGCCAAUAUCGGUGAAAGUCAAGGAUACAGUAAUAGAAACAGUGACAACAAGAGUGGUUAUGGAGGUCAAACUCGUGCUAGUUUUUGUUUCUUGCACUUGUGUUUGGUUCGCAAAUGGCUGUAACAGACGUUCUAGCAACAAUAACAAUUGUUCAGGUGGUUCAUGUAAUAGUCACAGGUCACAAACUUUAGAAAAGAUCGCCAGGAGCCAAGAAGCAAAUGCUGAAAAGAGUCGAAAAAGUUACAGGGCCCAGCUUCAAUGUGAUCUUUGUAAUUUCAGUACCUACGACAUUGACCAGGACGGAGUAAUCGAAAAGGACGAACUGUUAGCUAUUAGUGCGGGGAACGACGCAGUAUUGGCUGUCUUAGAUUUAAUGGCAGAUAACAAAUCAGUAAUGCCAGAAGAAUUCUAUGCCUUGGUACCUAUGUUCAUAGCUGAAUGUUCCGACUCUGGCAAGGAAUAAUAUCCUGUCUCAAUUUACGUGAAAGUUGUGUUUGCAAAAACAAUAGAAAUAUUACAGACAAAAACAGACAUAAAAAAAUAAAUUGUGUUUGUAGUAAAUAGGAUAACAUUUCUUUUUAUUCGCUUAAGGCAUUUGUUUUAACUGUUCCCAUUUCUAUUAAAUAACAGGAUUUUAUUAUAGACUUUCAUCGUUCCUUGAUUUUCAUUUUUAGCCAUAUAUUGCUAUAAAUCAUCAAUAAAAAAUACGGACUAUAACAAAGUUAAAGUAAA